UAGGUAGUUUCAGGCUUUGGCCUUUUUUGCCAUUUUGUCAUCACCUGUUCUGCAACCCCUGCUUUUAACCACAGACAUCAUAGUAUAAGUGAGGGACUGCGAGAGACACAGACACAAAGAGAACCACUACUAGAAGACAGAAAAAUAUAUCAAGCAAAACAAUCAAGAUGAAGAGCUCCAUCGUUCUUAUGACCUGCAUCCUGCUUCUCUCAGCCCUCGCUGUUCAAGCUCAAAACGGCUUCGGCCCGGAUGAGUGCUGCUUUAAGCAUUACCCCAGAGUUCUUGGUAAGAAAUCGGUGGUGAGCUACAAACACACAGACAAACAGUGUCCGACUGCUGGUGUGCUCUUCACAAUGAGGAAUGGCGCUCAAUUCUGUGUUAACCCGUCUGCUGAGUGGGUGCAAAAGAUCAUCAAGGCCAAAGAUAAGGCCAUGGCUGCAAAAGUGUCCACCUCUGGAUCCCAAACCACAGUUACUAACUGAUCCAAUGAAUGUUUCAAUUAGAGGCAGUUAUGUAGUGGUAACAUUUGAUCCAUUCAUCUUAUAGCUUUCUCUAUUUUUAUAAAAAGUAUUUUUCUAUAAACUUAAAACUAAAUGCAAAAAAACCUGAGAUGACUCCUAUUUUAAAUCUGUUUUAUGUGAAAGUUUUCAUAAGCUGUAACAUUUUAA